AAAGAAAAAGAAAAUCUACAAACUUAUCAUUCUAAUGCUUUGUGCUUUCUAUUUUGUUUCUUCAUAAAUCAUUUAACUAGUCUUGCUGCUCAAUUUUAUAGUUUUAGAGCAAUAAAUCAUAAGAGAGAUGGUAGUUGCGAGGCGACGGUAUACUGUCUACUUUCUUGCUACCUUUCUAGCUCUGUUAAAAGCAUCAUUGCUUCUAGCAAAUGGUAAAGCUUUUGCUUAUCCAUCAAUUGCGAAGCCUCUAGGCACCUGGAUUAACAACAACUCAGACUCUAAUUGGGACACAGAAGAGUUGACACUGAAACCUAUCUUGGUCAAUGGGGAUUUUGUUUGUGGCUUCCACUGCAAAUUAGAAGAAAACAACAAUUGCCUCUUUGCUAUCUCCAUCUUCCACUUUGUUUCCAACAGCUAUACAAAUUUAAAAAUGGUAUGGUCUGCUAAUCGAAACAAUCAUGUUGGAGGUGGGGCAAAAUUGCUACUUUCCCAGCAAGGGGAUCUAACACUGCAAGAUGUUGAUAGCACUCUGGUUUGGUCUACUAAAACAGCAGGUAAAUUUGUUUCUGGAUUGAAGUUAACUGAUCAAGGUAACCUUCUGUUAUUUGAUGGAAACAAUGAGAUUAUUUGGCAGUCUUUUGAUCAUCCAACAGACUGUUUAGUUCUCGGACAAAGUCUAGUUUCUGGGCAGAAAUUGAAGUCAAAUUUCUCAACCACAGAAUGGAGUGAGGGUUUAUAUUCAUUGUUAAUUGAUAAUCGUGGUCUUUUUGUUGCUUCUGUGGAGUCAGAUGCUAGCCUAGUCUAUUGCCUUUCCCCUUGUUCGCCAUUGAAAAGCACAACAGGGCAGUUUUAUGCUGAAUUCACUAACACAAGUCUUGGUGAUGGCCUUUAUCCAGGAUUGGGCGUUAGUUUUAUACAAUUAGGUUCUGAUGGGCACUUAAGGUCCUUUAGGUGGGUAGAAUCAGAAUGGAAGGAAGUCUAUGAUUUGCUUGAGGACCAAGUCCGCCAAUGUGAUUACCCACUGGCGUGUGGAGAAUAUGGAAUUUGUUCUGCAAGUGGAUGCAAUUGCCCAGAACCAGAUGAAAACGAAACAACGCACUUCAAGCUAAUAAAUCCUGAUCAGCCAAGUCUUGGGUGUUCUCCAUAUGUACCAAUAUCUUGUAAAUCUCAUCUUCUUGAGAUCAAUAAUGUUUCUUCCUUCACUAUCUUUUGGCUGGAUAAUUGCUAUAUAACAGACAUAGAGAGCUGCAAGCAAGCUUGUUUAAAGAACUGCUCCUGCCUAGAAGUGGAUACAUUUUACAAUAUAUCUGUGUUUUUAAAGGUGAGUUCUUCAACUGUUAGAAAGAGGAGACAGAAUGUAGGAGUAAUACUUGGAUCCACUCUUAGGGCCACUUUUAGUGUGCUUCUUAUCUGCACUUUCCUUUUGCUACAAAUUAAAGAGGAUCCAAAGGAUGCUGAGGAGGAUUAUCUGGGCCACAUCUCAGGAACAUCCACGAGAUUCGCUUAUGAAGAGUUAAAGGAUAUAACCAAUAACUUCAGCAACAAGCUUGGCGAGGGAGGAUUUGGUUGUGUUUUUCAAGGAACAUUAGCUGAUGGUACUCAAGUUGCAGUAAAGUGCUUGGAUGGUUUUGGUCCCGGAAAGAAGUCAUUUAUAGCUGAGGUUGAGACCAUAGGAAGCAUUCACCAUUUCAAUUUAGUAGGAUUGGUUGGGUUUUGUGCUGAGAAACUUCAAAUGCAUUUGGUUUAUAAGUACAUGUGUAACGGGUCAUUGGAUCAAUGGAUCUACUGCAGAGACAAACUGCUUGUUCUUGGUUGGCAAUGUAGAAGGAAGAUCAUUCUAGACAUAGCCAAGGGGCUAACAUAUCUCCAUGAAGGAUGCAAGCAGAAAAUAGUUCACUUGGAUAUCAAACCCCAAAACAUCCUCUUGGAUGAAAAUUUCAACGCCAUGGUUUCUGAUUUCGGGUUGUCUAAGCUAGUAGGGAGAGAGCAAAGCCAAAUUGUGACAACAAUGAGGGGAACGCCAGGUUAUAUGGCCCCAGAAUGGUUGAACUCAACAAUCACAGAAAAAGUAGAUGUAUACAGCUUUGGCAUUGUUGUUCUGGAAAUUUUAUGUGGCAGAAAAAAUGUUGAUCGAUCCUUGCCCGAAGAGGAUGCCCAUUUAGUAAGGCUUUUCAAGAGAAUGACUGAGGAUGGUGAACUCCUGGAUCUAGUGGAUAAGUACAAUGAGGAGAUGCAAUCACAUGCGGCAGAGGUUGUGGAGAUGAUGAAAGUUGCUGCCUGUUGUUUGCAAGUUGAAUAUGCUAGGAGGCCUUCCAUGUCCAUCGUGGUGAAUUUCCUAGAAGGCAAAAUGGAUGAUGAAAACAAAUACAAUUUCUCAAACCCACCAGCACCGGUUGAAGUGGAAACUCUCGGACAUCAAACUGAUACAGCUACAUUGAUUCCAUCUGUUUUAUCUGGUCCAAGGUGAUGAUAUGGAAGGGAGGACGUAAGGAUGUACUGCAACGGUAAUUGAGUAAGACUUUGACCGGCCGCCCCCAAUUAGCAGGUCCUGGUGUGGAGGGUGACUCUGAAAUAUGCAUAGUCCUUGUGUCUUGUCUAUGGGUCCAUUGCAAAGUUGUCAUUUUUUUUAAUCGAAAUUAGUUACAAUGUUUUACGUUUUGAUUUAGUUAUCUCGAUCUCAAAUGUUUUGUUUUAAUUUUUGUAUUGUAUUAUUAGUUACUUCAAAUUUGUGUUGCAACUCUAAUAUUUUAAUUCUAAGCAAAUAAUCUCAAUUUUUAUCU